AUGAAGUCCACGGCAGGUGACAUGCUUGAUGCCCAUGCCAACCUCCUCCCCUUCCCCCUCUUAGUUGACAAACACUGCCACCGGGCGGCCCUUCACCUCUGUACCCUCCCCCCAUCCCACCCACUACAUGUUCAUGUCAAGAGAGCAAGUGCACACCUAGUCAAACACCACCGUUCCCCACUACACAACCUCCUACACACAUACCAGCUUCACCCAGAUGACAUCGAGAUGAUUGUCGCAGCCCGCUUCCCCCCCUCAUGGUCCCCACCAUUCCAGAUGUCCAUCGCAGCAAGCAAGUCUGAUGCCCUGAAGGAGGAAGCUGACUGGGCGGGCAGACAGGGCCUUUGGAUAUACACAGACAGAUCAGACAUUGAUGGAGGAGUCGGUGCCGCCGCCGUUCUCUACAGACAAGGCCACGCUAACCCCAAAGUCCUCCACUUCCACCUUGGAAAGUCCACGGAACACACAGUUUACGAGGCUGAGGACGUCGGCCUCAUACUAGGGGUGAAACUAAUAUACGAAGAGUUCGUCAUUUACAAGGCCUCUUGUGCAGCAGACAACAAAGCCGCAGUAGAGGCAACCCAGCUUCGCCACUCGGCCCCCAGCCACUAUCUCCUGGACAUGCUCCACAAGGACAUCAACCGCCUCAUCCAGAAACACAAGAUUGGCAGAUAG